AUGGUUGAGUCGAAAUGGACUCGUCUCUUUAUCAUUACUUCCAUUGUCCAGACUUUCAUUACCAUAAUAAUUCAGUCGCUUGUUGUUGGCCGAAACCAAAACGCUUCUUCACUUUUUCAAGAAAUGUGGCAGAAUAAAAAUAUAACUGACCUUUCUAAUCCUACCGCUCUCGACUGCAAAGCAAAUAUUGUUGCGCGUAUGUACAAUAUUGUUGGAGAAAAUGUCAUAAUCCUACUUUCCAAUGUAUUUUUAUUAUUCUUUUGCUAUGAUGCGAUUUUCAAUCAGAAUACAAUACAAAUAAUAACUGUAGUAGUAGUAAACUAUGCGAUAGGAAUAGUCGCUGCUAUACAAAUCGUAGAAGUUCUGAGGUGGAGAAACCAAGCAGUUGAAUGUGUACCGGGAUUCUUAAGUUACAACUUUAGAGUUGAAUUCUAUGAAGUACCAUCAAUAGUAAUACUACUGCUAUGUGCGACUAUGAUGGGAUUUUUUACUUGGAAAUUAUAUCAACAAUUUGGAUGGAAUAUUUACAAAAGAAUUGGUGCUGAUCGUAAUAUGCAAAAAAUUUUUAGGUCAAUGUUAAUUUUUGUCAUGCAUUUGAAACUGGAUCUUUUCUUUAUGGUGGUUCUAUCCAUAGUGGCUUGUGUAGUACUUACGCAAAAUGAAACGCUCAAACACACAUUCUUAUAUUGGUUCCAUGUGAUUGUAACAGUUCUAAUAUUUAUUUUACAAGCUCUCGCUUAUCAUAUGUUAAGGGAGGAAUCCCAUUUAGGAAUGAAAAUAUUUAUUGGUUUAUGGUUAAUACCGAUUGCCGACUUUAUAGCUCUUCUCGUAAAAUCAAUUGGUACAAGCGCACAAGAUAGUUGGUACUUUUUCAUAAUUUUUAUUGUUUUUGGUAUUAUAAUGGCAUUGUUGACACUAAUAUGGUCAAUAAUAGUAUUAAACAAUUUUGACAAAGGAUUGAAACGACAUUUAACGACCGGUAUAGGUAAUAUAGAACGUCCGCCGGUUACGGAACAAACUUCACAGUCUCAACCUUCAGGUCGUUGGGCAAUUGAUGAAGAAGAUUGA